GGGGCAGCGCCGCGGUGGCGGCGCCAGCGCAGCGUUGGGGCCUGUCCCUCCCCGCGGGGCGGGAGCGGCCACGGCAGCGCGGCCACGGCCCUGCCCCCGCCGAGGCUGCCUCGCUAAUCUCCCUUUUCCCUUCGGCUGCUGCGGGCAGCUCGCUCACUUCUCGGUUCCUCUUCUCUCCCCUGCGGUCCUUCGGCGCUCUCCGCCGCCGGGGAUGCUGCCGGCCCCCUGGGGCAGCGCUGCCGGCCGCCACCCGGCCCCUUGAGCAGCCUCACUACUCCCCCCCGCCUCAAGCCCCUGCUUUUCCUCUCUCAGGUGCGGGCGGAGGCGGUGAGCGGGUGAAGCCCCCGCCCGGCGGCCUCCCCCAUGGUGGGCUUCGGGGCCAACCGGAGGGGCGGCCGUCUGCCUUCCCUUGUCUUCGUGGCGCUGCUGGUGGUGAUCGCCAUCCUCGCCUUCAACUGCUGGAACGCCUCGUCCCGCCAGGCCCUGCUGCAGGAGGAGGUGGCGGAGCUGCAGAGCCAGGCCAAGCGCACCGAGGUGGCCCGUGGGCGCCUGGAGAAGAGGAACUCCGACCUGAUGGGCAAGGUCGACUCCCACAAGAAGCAGCUGGAGCAGAAGGAGGCCGACUAUAGCCACCUCAGCAGCCAGCUGCAGGCCAAGGACGGCCAGGUGAAGAAGUGCGAGGACAACAAGGUGAAGCUGCAGAACAACAUCUCCUAUCAAAUGGCAGACAUCCAUCGUCUGAAGGAACAACUGGCAGAGCUACGUCAGGAGUUCAUCCGCCAGGAAGAUCAGCUUCAUGAGUACAAGAAGAACAACACUUACCUUACCAAGAGGUUGGAGUAUGACAGUCUGCAGUGUGGGCAGCAGAUCAAGGAGAUGAGACUGCAACAUGAAGAAAACAUCAAGAAAUUAAUGGACCAAGUUGUGCGGGAACAAAAGCAGGCCACACAAAAAAUUCAGUCCAGUAAAGACACUGAAGUCAGUCCCAGUAAUGAUGACCAGGCAGUAUCUAAGACUGUUCCAGAGGCAGAAGAUGAAAACACAGUGAAGAAUGAGCAGCCUUCAGACCGUGUCGCGAAUGGCAAAGAGAAAAUCAAACCAGGAGGAGAUGCUGGCAUGCCUGAGAUAGAAGAUAAUGAUCCUGCUAAAGCUGAAGAUACUCCCACUGCUCUGAAGAAGCCACUUAUUUCAGCUCCUAAAAGUGAAGCUCAUCAGCCUGUUAUAAACCUGCCAACUGAACAGGCCCACGGUCCAAAUCAGGCACCAGGUUUGCACAGUGACGCUGACGGAAAUGCUGACGUGGCCAAGCAGAUCCCUCCUAAUUCUCUCCAGCACUUAAAUUUUGAAGAAAAUGUGGAAAACCCAAAAGAACACAGAAUUGAGACAGACCACAUAAAAAUUCCAAAGAGCAGAGUGAGUGACCUGCAGAAGAUGAAGCAAAGCCGAUUCUUUGAUGAGAAUGAGUCCCCUGUUGACCCGCAGCAGGGCUCUAAACUGGCAGAUUAUAAUGGGGAUGAUGGGAACGUGGGUGAGUACGAGGCAGACAAACAGGCUGAGCUGGCUUACAAUGAGGAAGAGGAUGGUGAUGGUGGAGAAGAAGACGUCCAAGAUGAUGAGGAAAGAGACCUGCAGAAUGACCUGGUGGAUUACAGCAAGUCACGCUUCAGCGAUGGCGUCCUGUGAAGUGGGAGUGGGCUGAGAGGAGAGCUCAGCUGAGGAACCUGAGGUGCUGCAGAGCUGAACCAUUUCUACUUCAGCUUUUCUUACUCUGAAGGAAGCUACCAAUGAAAAGUGACGAGGAAACUCCAAAAUCAGUGAAGUAAGGAAGGGGAGGAGGCUUUCUGUACAGAUGUACAUAGUUGUACUCUCGCAAAUGGUAUGAAACCCACGGGUCUGUGGUGACAUCCAGCCAGUUACUCAGACUGCACCUUCUGUAAUGAUCUCUCCAGUUAAACCCAGCACUAGCAACAGGGGCUGAAUCGUUUCUGCCACCCAGAAAACUUUGUAAGCUGCAGAACUUGUACAGUUUGUACCUGAUGUCACAAACACCCUGUGGAAACGAUGGACAGCCAAAGGACUCCUUUUCUACACCACCCCUGCUGCUCUAACCAGGGCUGUAUCUCUCUGGCUGCAGGUGAGCCAAGGAUGAAAAGUGAGUGCUCAAAGUAUUGCUCCUUCCUUCAUUUUCCCUGGAUAAAGGCCAGGACAGUCUUGGGAAGCAAGUCCCAUCCUGAUUUUCACGUACAGUGACCAAAUCUUGUUGCUAGAGCUGGAAAUCAGCGAUAACAGAAUGAACCUUUGGUACGUCCUGAGAAGUUGUGUCACUUACAAUAACUUCAUUGAACAGGUGACAAAAAUAUUGGAGCCCAGCUUCUAGAUCUCUCUGUAGGUGUUUAAGGUGUUAGUGAGGACCAGACAAACCUACAACAGCUUUGUGGGACCUGACUGGGAGAAUCAGCCCCUCCUACCCUUGGUGGACACACCAUACAUGCUGUCACUGUUUCAAGAGCAUUGUCCCUCCUGUGUCACAGCCACUCCAGAUGGUUUACAUUGUUGUACUUUGCUACAGGUCUCAACAUUCUCCAUGUUUCAUGGUUUGAGUUUUUACAUCAGGUUUUGUCAUUCAGAACCUCUGGUACCUCUUUGACUUCCUCCAUCACAAGGUCUGUCAGUCAGAACCUUUGGUAUCUGAGUUCCUCCAUCACAAGGUCUGUCUGUCAGAACCUUUUGCAUCCUGUGUUUAAGCACUUUCUGUUUUUUAUUCUGUUCCUCUGCAGUGGUGGAAAUGGUUUUUGACCCAGCCUGCUUCUCCAAAAGGGCUACUGUGACAUGACACGAUAGGGCCUAUGACAUGGGUGAUUGUACUUCUCUCUGUACUCAGGUUUGAGACAACAGUUUGGGUUUGCUCAAUGCCAGUUCACUGAACCUUCUAAAUCCAUUUCAGUGGUCAAUCAUUUUAAUUUUUCUUUCUCUUUUUUUUUUUUUUUUGUGGCUACAGGGAUCUCAUACCAAUCAAUCUGCAAUAAAAGUCAGAUUCUGGUGAUGCAUCCCAAGGGGAUUUUCUUUUUUCAUUUGUUUCAUUCUGUACUCCAGGAGGCAGAUGGGGGAAGAGUAGCCCUUUGCAUGGUACCUUCAGCAGAAGAUAAGACACUGAACUUGCUCAGAAUUAGAUCCCACACUAACACUGCACAACAAGUAUGGGUUGUGCCAGGAGCCUAAGAAUAGCAUCUGCAGUAAAAUCUGUAUUUAAGCAUUACCAUUUUUUUGUCUUAAAAUGUAAUUUCGCCCUGAAUUAGAUGUUAACUUGGUUCUUCUAAUGAAAGCAGCAUUUAUGGGUUCUAAUAAAUUAAGUUGUUUGAAGUA